AUGAAGGCUAGGUGUAAGUACUGUCGUAAAUCCCUUGGUGGGGAAACAAGUAAUGGAACUUCACACCUAAGAAGCCAUAUCAAAACAUGUAUCCAAAAGAGGAUACAUGAUGGUUCUCAAAAAAUACUUGGUCCUAACUAUAAACCCUCUGGAAAUCCACAACUCUCUGCUUCUCAAUACAAUUAUGAGGUUUCUAGGAAGGAACUUUGUUCAAUGAUUCUGGUCCAUGAGUACCCCCUUAGCCUUGUUGAUCAUGUGGGUUUCAAACGUUUUUGUUGUUCUCUUCAACCUCAGUUCGCUGUUCCUAGUAGAAACACUGUCAAAAAGGACAUUUUGAGUUUGUAUGGUGUUGAAAGGGGUAAAUAUCAUACCAUUAUUGAUGGUAACCUGGGUCGGGUUUCAAUUACAACUGAUUUGUGGACUGCUAGAAAUCAGAAAAGGGGUUAUAUGGCAAUAACUGGUCACUUCAUUGAUAACUCUUGGAAGCUCCGUAACAUAAUGAUGAGAUUUAUGUAUGUUCCAGCCCCUCAUACUAGUGAAAGGCUUGCUGAUAGGUUGUUUGAUUGUCUUUUGGAUUGGAACAUUGAUGGUAAGUUGUCCUCAAUCACAUUGGACAAAUGUACCACCAAUGAUUCCAUGAUUUUCUACAUGAGAACUAAGCUUCUGAGCAGUGACUUGUUGCUUGAUGGUAAAUUGGUUCAUAUGAGGUGUUCUGCUCAUAUUCUGAAUUUGAUUGUAAGGGAUGGUUUGGAUGCAAUCAAGGAUGCUAUAAAUUUGAUUAGGGAGAGUGUAGUUUACUGGAAUUCUACACCUAAGAGGGUUCAAACCUUCUUCGAAGUUGCUAAGCAACUUAAGCUAUCUUUUGAGAAAAAGUUAGUCCUUGAUUGUCCAACUAGGUGGAAUUCCACCUAUCAUAUGCUCUCUGUUGCUAUUCCCUACAAGGAUGUUUUCUUUCGUUUGAGUUUGAGAGACAGUCAUUACACAUCAGUUCCUUCUAGUGAACAAUGGGAAUUUGCUUCUACUGUGAUUGGGAAGCUGGAAAUCUUUUCUGAGAUUACUGAGUUGUUCUCUGGUUCCAAAUAUCCCACUGCCAAUCUGUUCUUCCCUAAGAUAUGUGAUCUCAGAAUUAAACUGAAUGAGUGGGGUCUUGAUCCCAAUCCUGUGAUUUUUGGAAUGGCUAGUCAAAUGUCACUGAAGUUUGAUAAGUACUGGGAUGAUAUCCAUCUUGUGCUUGCUGUAUCGGUUGUUUUGGAUCCUAGAUAUAAACUCCAUGUGAUUGAAUACUAUGCUGGAAAGUUUGGGAAUACAGAAACUGGUUUGGUUGCUGAGAAUAUCAAGCAAAUGAUAUGUGGUUUGAUUCGUGAUUAUCAAACCAAAGCUGAGAACAAAUCUGGUUCUGAAUCUGGAACUUCUUCUUCUGGUUAUGGAACUGCCUCUGCCACUGAACUUGAUUUUGAACUCUUUGUAAGUCAAAGGAAAAAGAGUAAGACUUCCUUGAUUACAACUGAGUUGGAUAUGUAUCUUGCUGAGGAUAUCAUUCCUCGCACAGCAGAGUUUGAUCUGCUCUUGUGGUGGAAAUUGAAUGGUUUGAAGUAUCCGACCUUGCAAUCAAUUGCAAGGGACUUUCUGGCAAUCCCUAUUACUUCUGUGCCUUCUGAGAGUGCAUUUAGUUCUGGUGGGAGGUUGUUAGACCCUCACCGAAGCAGGCUGCAUUAUUCGACUGUGGAGGCAAUGAUGUGUACUAGGAGUUGGAUAAUGGAGGACAUGCAACGAGGUAAAAUGCAACUAAAUCUCUCAACUUUAUUGGUUUACGUUUUAGAAUAG